UUUACAACGCAUAAGAGCAGACGACAGUUGGGUUAGUUUAUACGUAGAUUUUGACACACGUGUUCAAUCAAAUUUCGACACAAAAUGAAAAAACGACAAGUAAAAGCUCCAGUUAUCGAGGGAGAAGAAAAAAUUUUGGGUGACAAUGAUACAGAAGAGAUUCAAGAUUUCAUCAAACAGUUGGGAUUGGACAGCAUCAACCCUGAUACAUUUGAAGUACCAGAGAAAACAAAAGAAAAAAGGACAAAAGUGAAAAAAUCUGCAUCAAACCUGAAGGCACCAAUCCCGUCAAGUCAAUAUGAAGCAGGUGUUUCAGAUGAAAAACCUGUCAAGGGCAAAUAUUCUGACUUCAAGCAAAACAAGUUCCAGAAUAAAUACAGUGCACCUCAAGAAGCACCAAACAAUAGCAAUGCUUUUAGCAAACCAACACAAAACAAAAAAAUAAUCUUCGAUGAUUCAUAUGUAGCCAAAAACCCUGCUAAAGAAAUCGUCAAAAUAGCCCCUCCUGCUCCUAUAAUCCACAAGAAUCAAAAUAAGAAAAUUGUGUUUGAUGAAGAUUACAUCUCUAAACCUUCUACAGACACUGUUCAAGAAAGCUAUUCAUCAAGUGAUGAUUCUUGGUAUCAUUUGCUCAUUAAACCAGACAUUCCUUGGUACCAGCAGGACAAACCAUUGAAAUCCAAUAGGGAAGCUACACCUGAAGAAGUUAGAAAGUGUGAAGAAGAGGGCAAGAAGUAUUUAGAGGAAGACGCAAUCAAUUAUCAGAAAGUCCGGGCAGUAGGAUCUGACAAGUCAGAAACUAAGUGGAUUCAAACAGUGUUAAAGUCAGGAGCCUUUGCAGACAAGAUUGCAGCUCAUUCUUUAUUACUUCAAGAAUCUCCAGUCCAUAAUUUACCUUCACUGAAGUUUCUCAUUUCCCUUCUUGACGUCAAGGGAAGAAGGGAAUGCAUGUCUUCGUUAGAUGCCUUACUCCGUCUUUUCACUGAAGGAAGAAUACUCAACCCGAAUGCCAAACUAUCUUUGAUGAACAAGAAACCCAUAGGCGCUCUUACGACUGUCACUCCGCGUGAACGCAAAGAGCUUUUGGCUUUGUGGUCGUUUGAGUAUCAACUGAAAGACUUUUAUAAUCAGUUCCUCGUUGCUUUGGAUGGAUUAUUGAAAGAUGCUGUCGACACGACCCGUCGUAAAGGCAUUUCAGCCAUUGCUACCCUUCUCUCCUACAGCCCUGAACAAGAGCAAGGUCUUUUAUCACGACUUGUAAACAAAGUCGGUGAUCCCACCAGAGCAGUAGCUACGUCUACUGUCGGGCAAAUGGAACGCUUACUUCAGAAGCAUCCACAGAUGAAAUUGGUCGUAGUGGCUGAAGUUGAACGUCUUCUCUAUCGGUCUAAUAUUAACACCAAAGCACAGUACUAUGCCCUGUGCUUCCUUUCGCAGAUACUUUUGGACUCGGAUGAUGUUCCUCUGGCUACUAAACUUAUCAUCAUUUACGUAUCUUUCUUCAAGGCUUGCGUGAAAAAUGGUGAAGUCGACUCUAAGUUAAUGAACGCUCUGUUAACUGGACUGAAAAGAGCCUAUCCAUAUUCAAAAACUGUUGCGAUUACUGGAGGUCCCCUUGACGGACAUGUGGACACACUCUUCAAGAUCGUGCAUAUGGUUAAAUUUUCAUUGGCUACACAAGUCCUUUGCAUUCUCGACCAGAUUGUUGAAAUUGACAAAAACAAUUCAGACAGAUUUUAUUCAGUUUUAUUCAGAAAACUUUUUGAUCCUGAAGUUGGACAUUCGACAAAGCAGUCAAUGUUCCUAAAUUUGUUGUAUCGUGUUUUGAAGAGAGACGAAUCAUUGCCUCGCUUGCGAACAUUUGUCAAGCGUAUUCUGCAAGUUUGCCUUUGUUGUCCGCCUCAACUAGGUUGCGCUCUCCUCUAUCUCGUGUCUGAGCUCAUCAAAUUCCGCCCAGAGUUACAAAAUUUCCCAAAAGAAAUUACGACUAAGGAGUAUGUUGGGGAAGAUGACGAUGACGAAGAAGAGCAUUACAAAGACGUUGACGACGAAGAAGAGCAUUACAAAGACGCUGACGAAGAAGAAGAACAUAACAAAGACGCUGAAGAAGAAGAAGAAGAAGGAAGUGUUAAAGAGGAUGAAACAGACACUAAUCAAGAAGUGGAAAAGAAGAAAACGUCAACUUGGGUUCAUCGAAAAAUUUCGCAUUCAAAAUCGAACUCGAAAUCAGGAUACGAUCCCCUUGCACGCAACCCAUUGUUUGCUCGAGCCGAACAGUCGGGUGGAAUGUGGGAACUUCAUUUGUUGACCAGCCAUUUUCAUCCUUCAGUUUCCCUUUUUGCCAAGACGAUUGUAGAUGGAGUUCCCAUUGAUUAUACUGGCGAUCCGUUACAGGACUUUACGUUGCCUCGAUUCUUGGAUCGUUUUGUCUUCAGAAAUCCUAAACUUGUUACAGCUGCUCAGGUCAAACUGCCUGCCCAACGUCGAGUGCUGGGCAAAAGAAGUGUGUACUUGCCACGGGGUGUCAGAGCCAUGGCUGUCGACAGCAAAGAAUUUGCGAAACAGCCCAAAAAUUGUAUUCCUGCCGAUGAAAUGUUUCUCUAUCAGUACUUUAAACAACGCAUCACGAAGGCUCCUCGACUUGUAAAGAACAGCGACGACGAUGAUAGCGAUCAUGAAAGUGUUGCCAGCGAAGAAUUUGAACAAUAUCUGGCAGAAAAUACUGAUUUUGCCUCUGACAUGAAACCCAAGACUAAAACGGACAAGAAGAAGAAAAAGAGCGACGCCGACGGCGAGGAUGAAGAUGAUGAAGACGGUGAAGGAGGUGCGGAAGAAGAUUUGGAAGAUGCCGAAGUCGACUCGGACGAAGAUUUUGAUAACGACGAGGAGUUCCAAGAUGCUUUCAAAGAUUUCGAUGAUAUGAUCGAUAAUAGUGACGAAGAUGUGGACCCAGAAGAUGAAGACUUUGGAGACGAUGACAUGGAAGAAGGUGGUUUCCGUGAAGAAGAUGUAGCAUUUUCUGAUGAAGAAGAUGAGGAUGAUGAAGAUGAUGACGAUGAAGAAGAGCUCGCAGCUCCAGUUCCAUCCAAGUCAAAAUCCAAGAAAAGGAUGGCUGACGACGAUAUUGACGAUUUAGACUUUGCGUUUGAUGCCAAGCCGAGUAGUAGCAAAAAGAAACGAGGUCGUGAUUUGUUUAAUGCCAACGGCAACGACUUUGUUGCCGCCGAAGACUUUGCUGCCAUUCUUGAAGCCAACGCCGGCACGGGACUUAAUACAGCAGGAACGACAGAGGCUAUGGCUAAUAAAGACAAAGCGUCGGUAAAACAACUUCAAUGGGAAAUGUCGCGAGAUCGAUGGAUGAGGGAUCUUAAUCGACCCAAAAAAGGUGGCAAGAAAAUUGGCAACAAAAAUAAAAAAGGUAAAUCGGGUCCUGCUUUCAGAAAGAACCGAGGAAAACCUGGUAAACAACGAUAACUUGUUGACAUAGACUGAACUGCUCUGCUACAAUACAAUGAUAAUCGUUAAACAUUUA